AAAUUGCAAUUUCAAAUUCAUUGCAAAAAUUCUUUCACUGAUAAAAUUUCUUAUAGAUUAAAUUUCAAUUUAAAGGCUGCUAUGGCGGAAAACAUACCCAGAGCUCGACCUUCUAUACACGAUAGGCGUGACUCACAAACACCCCAACGUGAGGAAUUUAUCAAUGAGGGAAAUGAUUCGUCGCAGUCGAUCUUGCAGAGUAGUCAAGAACAAAUUACAACAGAAUCGGGUGGUUCUGAUCUUGAGGGAUUCGAAGAUGAAAUCAUUUACAAUAGUAAGGGUUAUAAAUUAAGACCUGAUUUUAAUGUAUCACGAAGUGUGCCACGAACACCUCAAAGGCCAAAACCCAAACCGGUAGUUAGUUCUCCCAAAUCUCCACAAUACGCAAAUGAAAAAGCAACUAUGCCUUUGCCACAAGUUCAACAUAGUCUUUCUCCUUUUCAUAUACUUUUAAUAAGUUUUACACUAUUACUGGCGUCUUGGUAUUUUGUACCAAGAGAAGUAAAACCCAGAAAUUGUUCUUUUGAUGCCUUACAAGAAAAAUAUACCCAAGAAAAUCCUCAUAUAUGGCGCACUUUAUCAGUGGGCAUAGAAACGAUUUUAAAUAGAAGAACUGAACAGCCGGCGGUAUAUUUAUUUGCUCAUCAUGGUGGUCCAAAUGUUUUUCGUUUAAUAAAAGAUAUAGCGCGCCAUUCGUCGGGUUGUUUUGGUAAACAAAUGCUGCCCAUUGAAAUGGAGGGUAAUGAUUUUAUAUCAGCUCCCGGUGUGGAAGAUGAUUAUGGUUUUGCCAUUCAGAAAUAUAAGGCAAAAAUUAAAGAGGGUAAUGUUAUAUUGAUAGCUAAUCUAAAUGAGAUACCAGCCGAAGCCGCCAGAGCUUUACAUACUAUAUGUGAUACUCAUAGUCCUAUUGCUAAGGAUGUGGUUAUAUUUUUGACCCUUACUUUAUCCGUAGAGGCCGAGGGCAGUGCCACUGCAAAAGCUGAAUAUACUUUAGAAGAACUGUGGAGCUCGAAACUAAUACGCAGUGAAUUGGAUCCUUUAAUAACACGUGUCACCGAUCAAGUGGUUGUUUUGCAAAGUUGAAUUUGUUUUUAAGUAUAAGAUGAUUUUUUCUUUUGUAUUAAUUAUGUUAUAGUUAUUAAUUUGUGAAAAAAUACUAUAAAAUUUAAUAAAUAUUUUUUAUACUUUUAAA